AUGGCGGAACCUGUAACUCCCAAGAAGCCUCCGGACUGGAAACAACUGUCGGAGACGGUUCAAGACGCCAAUACUUUGCGUCAGGAGUCUAUGAAUGCCCACCACGAUCAUCUUAUCACAGAAAUAGAGACGUCCGAUGGACCACUGGGGACUACGCUUAGAGCUGUAUAUGAAGGUGAUGAACUGGAGAAGUUUAAAAAGAGACUGGAUGACCACAUUAAGUCACAUGACAAGGAAAUCGAGAGGAUGUGUAACUACCACUAUCAGGGUUUCAUUGACUCUAUACGCGAGCUGCUUAAAGUUAGCAUGGAUGCUGCCCAGCUUAAGGAUGAGAUCGAGGCUGACAACCAAAGUCUCCAGGAAUCCUGUUCGCCUCUCAUGACUAAAGGGGAGCAACUUAUUAAAUGUCGCCGGAUACAGCGUAACAUAGCUUCUGCUGCUGAGAACCUCAAUCUCUGCUUGCCUGUGUUGGAAAUGUACGGGAAACUACAGGACCAGAUGAGAAGUAAAAGGUAUUACCCAGCAUUGAAGACUUUGGAACAACUGGAACACACCUACCUUCCUCGUGUAAAUACACACUGGUUCUCCGAGACCAUGAGUGAUGCUAUUCCAAAGUUGCGUGAGCGUAUCAAAGAGGCUUCCAUGUCUGAUUUGAAGGACUUCCUAGAAAAUAUCCGGAAACACUCAGCUAAGAUAGGAGAAGUCGCCAUGAAACAUGAGAAACAGAACACAUUCACGGGAAUGGAGGACAACACAAUGUUGCGAAGAAUCAAGGCUGCAGAGCAGAACAACAUGGAUCCAUCUAUUGUAGCUGUGAGUAAAAAGAAGGAGAGAAAGCGGGCCCCUCCCCCUCCGAACCCUUUCACAGGUGAAGUCGACCAUGAACCAGAACCUGUUGCAGACGACACACCAGAAAUGAAUGAGGAGGAAAUGGGGGAGUUAAGCGCCCAAGAUCUGAUAGACUUCUCUCCAGUGUACCGAUGUCUUCAUAUAUACACUGUACUGGGUGACCGUGAGAAAUUUGAGACAUAUUACAGAAAACAGCGGCGGAAACAAGCAAGGUUGUCGCUACAAGCUGCCUCUAACAUGCAUGAAGCUAUUGACAACUAUAAGAGAUAUUUCCAUGAUAUUGUAGGGUUUUUUGUAGUAGAAGACCACAUUUUAAGUACAACCCAGGGGCUGGUCAAUCGUGCCUAUAUGGAUGAGCUAUGGGAGAUGGCAGUAUCCAAACUGGCAUCAUCUUUAAGAACAAGCUCUGCUUUUUGCAAGGAUGCCAAUAUGAUGCUGGAGAUAAAGAAAUUGAUUGUACUGUUUUGUCAUACACUGAGAGGCUAUGGUUUUAGUGUUGGACAUCUACUGGAACUUCUCUUAGAAUUAAGGGACCAGUACAGUGAUAUUCUGACAAGACAAUGGGUGGAAGUGUUCAAUGAGAUUUUUGAUGAUGAUAAUUACACACCAAUCUAUGUGGAGAGUGAUGAAGAGUACUUGGCUGUGGUCACACAGUUCCCAUUUCAGGACGAUGAUCUUCAGCGGAGUCCAUUUCCGAAGAGGUUUCCAUUUUCUGAGUUUGUGCCAAAUAUCUAUAACCAAGUAAAGGCAUACAUCAACGCCUGUUUGAAGUUCUCUGCUGAUCUGCACCUCAGUCACACAGAGAUUGAUGAUAUGAUUAGAAAGUCGACAAACCUACUGCUGACGAGAACACUCGGGAGCUGUUUGUCAUCACUUAUCAAGCGACCACGACUCUCUCUCCUACAGUUGAUUCAGAUUGCUAUCAACAUGAACUAUCUUGAGAAGUCUUGUGGAUAUCUGGAGGAGUAUAUUUCCAGUAUAACUGGUGCCCAGAAUGACAGUAUACACAUGGCGAGACUACACGGAACAUCAAUGUUUAAGGAUGCUCGUAGCGAUGCAGAGGAGCAUAUCUACAAACAAUUGAACCUGAAGAUUGAUGAAUUUUUAGAACUGGCCAACUAUGAUUGGAUGGUGACAGAGGCCAAAGGUCAUGCCAGCGGCUAUGUUGCAGACUUGGUGGCAUUCUUACAGAGUACCUUUAUGUCCUUUACCAAUCUUCCGGAAAAAAUAGCAAAGACAGCUUGUAUGUCUGCAUGCAAACAUAUCGCCAACAACCUACUGGAAUUCAUCCGUGACAACGAGCUGAAACAGAUGACACUUGGAGCUCUACAGCAGUUCAACCUGGACCUCAUCCAAUGUGAAUUGUUUGCAGCCUCGGAGCCAGUCCCAGGAUUUACUGACGGGACACUAGUGAUGGCGUUUGCAGAUGUUCGACAGCUGUUGGACUUGUUCCUGAACUGGGACUGGUCAGUUUACUUGGCUGACUAUGGUCAGUCCAAGUCCAAGUACCUUCGUGUCCAACCUCAGGUGGCCAUUAGUAUUCUGGAGAAGCUAAACAACGCUGAUAAGAAGAAGAACAACCUUUUUGCAUCUUUGAAGAAGGGAGAACGUGACAAAAAGAAGUUAUUAGACACCGUUCUUAAACAGCUUCGUGGACUUGUCAACGGAACUGCACCUCAAGUACAGGGUUGAGGUCAGAGGUCAAAGGCACAAAUUCUUGAUGUUCAGUGGUCAUUGAUACUUCCAAAAGACCACUCUUAGAGACGUCUAAUGAUGUGCAAAUGAUAACAGUACUUUAUAUACACACUACAGUAAUAUCCACACAACAUUCUGCACAAGGGAAGUAGUUUUGAUCUGUGAUCUUGAAAUUGUUGAAAACUAAGAUCAUUAUACUUUUGAAGGCUGACUUGU